AUGCUCCAACACAUCCUCACGGCCGUCGGCUUUCUCUCCGUCGCAACCGACGCACAAACGCAACCCCGGCGCCGAUGUGCCUACGGAGACGACUGCUGGCCAGAUAGUCAAUCAUGGAAUGACUUUAACGCCACCGUUGGUGGAAGACUGAUUCGCUCCGUACCCUCUGCAGCGGUGUGCCACACUGAGCGGUACAAUGCAGAGAAAUGCACCGUCGCAAAGGAUAGCUGGCUGGAUAGCUUCUGGAGAACGAACCAGACAGGAGCAUAUGCUGCUACUGUAUGGGAAAUGGGACCGACCGGACAGUGUUUUAUUAAUACAUCUGUCAGUGCGCCGUGCGACCAAGGGAUAGUUCCGUAUUAUAUGGUCCGUGCGGGGAGUGUGGAGGAUAUCCAGGCCUCUGUCAAAUUUGCAAGUGAGAAGGAUCUCUUGCUGGUGACGAAGAAUACUGGCCAUGAUCACCUCGGCCGCUCAAGCGGGAAAGGGUCGUUUGGAAUAUGGACGCAUAAUUUGAAGGGCAUCGACUUCCACGAUUCAUUCACGUCCCAGGGUGCACCGGCUGAUACUAGUGGUAUAUCCGCGGUAACCUUGCAGGCGGGUGAGCAAUGGUUUGACGUGUACCAAGCCGCCGCAAAACAAGGAGUGUUGGUCGUUGGUGGUUCGGCGCGCACUGUUGGUGCUGCUGGAGGAUAUGUCCUUGGGGGUGGUCAUUCGCCCUUUGCGCAUUAUUAUGGGCUUGCAGCAGAUAAUCUCCUCGAAAUGACCAUUGUUUCCGCUGAUGGUGAACACCGAGUGCUUAAUACCUACACAGAUCCGGAUUAUUUUUGGGCUGUUCGAGGUGGUGGUGGAAGCGCCUGGGGGGUCGUCACAUCGGUCACCUAUAAAACUCAUCCAGUCCCGCAGAACCUCACAAUGGGACUAGUCCAAUUGAACGCAACGAACACAUCUAGCUUCAAACGUGUCAUAGCGGAAUCUGUCAAGCUGCUACCGGCUAUCACAGAAGCGGGCUACACAGGAUACGGGACGCUAGAAAGUGGUUUCGCCGCUCUCUUCCUUAAGCCCAACGGUACAAUCGCAGAUUUCAAUCAAACGUUUGCUCCAUUCUUUAAUCUGUCCCGGCUUCCAGGGAUCCAGGGAGAGGUCGCCGCGUAUCCGUCGACCUGGGACGGAUACGUAAAAACCUUCCUUCAAGACCCUAACAUCGGAACGAACAUUCAGGACACAUCCCGAUUGCUGACAACUGAGGUGAUUCAGAAAAAGGCGGAAGAGUUGGCAGAGUUUUUAGUUAGUAACAAGCGAGGGGCAGGGUUCAAUUUCAUUGGUAAAGUCAAUAACGAUGAGCGCGACAAUACUGCCGUGCAUGACGUCUGGAAACACAGCCACGGUCUUCUGAGCGUGUCUGUGGAUUGGGCAGAUACCGCCACAGACAGCGAAAAACAGGAAAAGCGGCAUCACGCUGUACAGUUGAGCAAACGACUUACAGGAAUAGUCGGCUCAGAGGGAGGUACAUAUGUGAAUGAAGCCAAUCCAUACGAACCCGACUGGCAAAAUGUCUUUUGGGGAAGGAAGUACGACCGGCUGCUGGCGAUCAAGCAACGAGUGGAUCCCACACAGUUGUUUGUGUGCAACCGUUGUGUCGGCACUGACGUCGUGAUCCAGCCAUAA